UGAAACGCCGUCCAUUUCACCCCAGAGGCAUCCCAGUCGUUUUAAUUUAAAAAAAAAAUUGAAAUUAAAUAUUUUUUGCUGUCGGACAAGACGCACUUCCGGUUGGGGGAGGAAGCCCUUCCGGGUCAGGUGCCGCCUCAGCUGGGUUUGCCCAGCAGCAUGUCAGUCUUCCGCUCGGGCCUGUUGGUUCUGACAUCUCCGCUGUCUGCACUUUCCUUGCGUCUGGUGCCCAUCCUGGCCUCCGCGGCUCGGCUGGUACAAGACACUCUCUAUGUCCACCUGCAGCCGGGGCUCAGCUUGACGGGCUCCACGCAACCCCGCUCCACGUAUGUUCCAGCUACCUCGGAGGUAUACAGUCUUAUCAGCAAGCUGUACACUGAUGCGGAUGUCCACGCCGACCUCGACGUCCGGGUGCUGCUCACCAACAUCCUCAACCAGGGCGCCACCCCACCAGCGCUUGGGUCGGUGCAGAAUCUCUCCCAGCCGCCCGAAGUGGUGCUCACUGACUUUGAGACUGGAGACGGGGGCCAGUCCAACCCAGUCAAGCAGCGCCUGGAGCGCUAUGCCACCAGCUGUUACAGUUGCCGGCCCAAUCUUAUCUCCGUUUUGUUAUAUCCGGAGUAUGAGCUGGAGGCCGUCGACGGGGAGCUCUCGCAGCCGCCUGAGACCGGUGCGUCCGAAGAACCCCUUCAGAGCUACAGCGACAUCGUCGUGGGGGGCACUUUUGACAGAAUCCACAAUGGCCACAAGAUCCUUCUGAGCGUGUGCUGCAUGCUGGCGGAAAAACGGCUCCUGAUGGGCAUCUCGGACAAAGAUCUCCUGGAAAUUAAGACUCUGAAGGAGUUGAUCCUGCCCUAUGAGCAGCGUGUCAGUCAGCUGAGCGCAUUCCUGGUGGACAUCAAGCCCUCGCUGCAGUACGAAAUGGUCCCCCUGACCGACCGCUUCGGCCCGUCCAUCACUGACCCUCACCUCAAAUGCAUCGUGGUCAGCGAGGAGACUCUCAAGGGGGGUCUGGCCGUCAACAGGAAAAGAGUGGAAAAAGGGCUGGCUGAAUUGGCUAUCCACGAGAUCUCAUUGGCCAGAGAUGCCCGGCACAGCAAAAACGAGGAAGAGAAGAUCAGUUCCUCUAGCCUGCGGUACAGACUGCUUGGAACACUGCUGCUCCCCCCAAGGAAAGAUUCAUCUCUCCCUUCCUCCCCCUACAUCAUCGGCCUGACAGGGAUAUCUGGCAGCGGCAAAAGCACCGUCGCUCAACAUCUGGCUAAUCUUGGCGCUUUCCAUUUGGAUGUGGAUGCUUUGGGCCACGACAUCUACGCCCCGGGAGGACCUGUGUACAACCAGGUGGUGGAAGCAUUUGGAGAAGAUAUCGUGAAGGAAGAUGGAACAAUUAACCGAGCAGUCUUGGGGGCCAAAGUGUUUGGAGAUCGGGAGCAGCUGAAGAGGCUGACCGACAUAAUGUGGCCGGUGAUGGCCCAGGCGGCCAAAGAGAAGAUCGAGGAGGCAGCUGCACAAGGAGCGACCGUGUGUGUGUUGGAUGCAGCCAUGUUGCUGGAGUCCGACUGGGCGGACAUGGUGCAUGAAAUCUGGAGCAUCAUCGUCCCCGAGGAGGAGGCCAUCAGACGCAUCCUCAUCCGAGACGGCAUAAGCGAGGAGGCCGCCCGGAAGCGCCUGGAGAAUCAAAUGCCCAGCAGCCAGCGCGUGAAACACUCUCAUGUGGUUCUUUGCACAAUGUGGGAACCGGAGGAUACAUAUGAGCAGACAGAAAAGGCUUGGGCCCUCCUCCAGAAACGCCUCAAAGAGGAGUAGAUCUCGAACCCUGAGCUGCGGGGAAUCGCUUCUGCACCCUGCUCUCUCUGCACUGCCAGACUGGAAAAGCAUGCACCGGACGGGUCUCGCCCUGACGCAGGGACCACAGAUGAGGGUGCAGAUGCGGGAAAGGGAGUCCAGACUGCCCGAUGGCUGUGGGUGGGAGAGGAUAGAGCUGCGUUCCCUGUGUUUUUUCUCCUAUUGCAAAUAACAAGGGGAAGAAUUGAGCAAAAAAACAGGAAACUGGACCGCCUGUUGAGCAGGCAAAAAACAUUGUUAAACGUCGGAGCCAAGCUUGGGUCGCAUAAGUUGGUUGGUGAGCAAUAUUUUAGUGACUGAUUAAAGACGAGGGUGCCCCAAAAUUGUGAGGGUGGAAAGAACCAUUGUUAAAUGCUGGGGCCGAGCUUGGGUUGCAUGAGGUUUUCUGGGGAGCAAUGUUUUAGCGACUGAUUACAGACAAAGGUGCCUGAAGAUUGUGAGGGUGGCUGUAUUUCAGGGGUGGCUGGCACUGCCUCCGUCUGCCCCCCUGCUCUCUGCUCUCUACAUGCUGUGUGCCCUGCGAGUAAGGUUUACAUAAACACGAAACCUCUUGACCA